AUGAAGGUGCUCACACCGCACUCGCACAAAAUCAUCUGCUGUGUGCUGGCCAGCGACGACACGUUUCUGGUGACCGGUUCGGCCGACUCCUCAGCCAAGAUGAUUGAUCUCGAGAGCGGCGAAGUACUGAAGUCGUUCACGGAGCACACCGGCAGCGUCGUCUCCCUUCAGCUCACUGUCAAUAAUGAAUUUCUGAUCACAGGAUCUGGUGACUUCAUCGUGCAAAUGUGGUCACUCGAGACGGGUCGCUGCAUAUCACGAAUGGGAGGCCUCAUGGCCCCAGUCAGUUGCAUUGCCAUCACUUCGAAUGACGCCUUUGUUAUCGUCGCUUGCGAGGACGAGACGCUGCGAGUUUUCUCAACAGUUGCUGCCCAGGAGCUGCACGAGCUGAUGGGACACGAAGGACGGGUGAACGCGUUGGCCUGCGCUCAGGACGACUGUCAGCUGUUCGCGGCCACGAAGUCCAUCGUCUACUGCUACGACAUCCACAAUGGCCAAAUCGUGGACGUGCUCGACUGUCAGCUUCCGUUUGCCGUCUCAUGUCACUUGCCGUUGCGUCUUAACCCUCAAGGAUCUUCUUCAAAUCCAUCCGAACAAUUUACCUUCCUUUCUCGGGUGGCGUCCACGAGUAGAUGUGUGGCACAUCCAGAAGCGCGUUCACGACGCCCCAGACGCCUCCGGGCACAUGGGAUUCGUGACGGCCAUCGCGCUGAGUGGAGACGACAAGAUCGCCGCCUGUGGCACGUACGAUGGCGUCGUGGCCGUCUGGGACCUCGACAUCUGCCAGUGUUUGUCAACGGUACGUUCACGCAGUCCACAAAGCAAGGGUAUCCCGGUGUCCUGUCUGGCAUUCUCCUUCAACCAGACGUUUCUGCUCAGUGGCAACACAAUCGGCAGCCUGCAUUCCACGGAGAUCGUGUCGAUUUGUCCGCUGGAGAACUACCGGGUGUUCAGUUGCGACAAGGAGGGCAAACUCUGUCAGUGGGAGAUUUUCGGCGACGAGGAGAGCAUGGCUCGAGCGACCAAUCGUGCAAGCUGUGGCAAAUCGAUUCCGGCUAUCUCACACAGUGCUCGUUUGGCAUCGAAAGGAAGGGACCUGUGGCGUUGGCGGACGACGAACGCCUCGUCAUUUCCGGAGCUGAGGACAGAAAGGUCACCGUUGGAUUCGCAAUGAGACAUCGCGCCAUUCCACAUCGCUGA